GUGAGGAGCAGGGAAACAAACUCGUUAAAGUUUUGAAAAUGGGGGGCGUCGGAGGUCGCAGACGGAUAGUGGGAUCACACAGCGGAGCACCCACCUACAUCAACCUCAAGAUCAAGGCCCCGGACGGGCAUGAAGUAUACUUCAAUGUGAUGAGAAGCAGUGAACUGAGGAGGGUUAUGAUUGUUUCCUGUGACCGACUGUCAUUGGAAGUCAAUGAUAUUCGUUUCGUGUAUAAAGGUCAUUAUGUUUUGGCCGAGGAGACUCCAGAUCAGCUGAGAAUGGAAGAUGGGGAUGUAAUUGAUGCAAUUUCAGUCCAACCACGCAAGAUCAAUGUCACAGUCAAUGGCGAGUUCACGGAAAAUCAAAACAUAGUGUGCUUCAGGAUCAAGAAAGGCACUCAACUGAAAAGGAUUAUGACUGCUUACUGUGAUCGAUAUUCACUGCAUGUCACUUGCUUUGCUUUUUGGUGGAAUGGCCGUCGGCUUCAUUACGAUCAGACUCCAGAUGAGUUGAAAAUGGAAGAUGGGGAAGAAAUUUUUGCGAUGCCGCACCUGCCCCGUUGUGAAAAUUGUCGCCAGCUGCAGUGAAUGGUACACUGUAGGCAUGUUUUUGUAAUUCUGGGAUUUUGUUGUUGCGUUCUGGAAUUUGGAGAAAAAUCAAGGCCGUGAAACCCUUCCCUGAACAUUGUCGACAGCCGCAGUGAACGGUACCCUGUAGGCAUUCUAGAAUUUGGACAAAACUCAUGUAAGAUCAUAUUGAACUAGAUAUAUAAAGCUGGUAUGCACACGAGUUGCAGCAGCAGCAGACAAAGAGAAUGGAGCUAAGUUAUUGGGAUUUAAUAAAACAUUGGUGAUUUAAUUGAGUUGUAAAAUCAUUAAUAAACACUUGAUUAAAGCCAUCUGAUUUGAAUUUAAAUAUUCAAGUUAUGCAUUGAUUAGGAUAAGGGCUUGUCUGAAUAGAUAAGAAGUUAUGAGCAGUUUCCUUGAUGGAAGGAACUGCUGUAAACUGCAAAACAGUUAUAAAACUGUUUAUCAGAUUUGUUGAUUCCCCUGCAAGAACAUAAACGUUUCUCUAUAAAUACAUUCCCAUCAAUGCAAAGAGAACUUAUCGUAUGGAUCUUGGAGAAGGAAUGGACAACACCAACCAAACUGGUCAUUUACUUGAACUCUAUAUCUAAUCCUAGUCUGACAUAGAAAUAUCUUUUAGUUUAUAUACUUGUUCUGCAUAUUAGUUGCAGUAGGCUAAGUUUUAAUUUAACAAUUGGUAUCAGAGCAUCUAUGCUUAGACUAAGAUUGAUAUAUCUAUGAUUAUGAGAUUACAUGAAUGCUAUACAUGCUUAUAUGAUUGUAUUGAUUUGGUUAUUUUUAAAAUUUGCAAUAUUAAUAUGAUAAAGCCUGUAUGCAUAAUUAAAAUCUGUUAGAAUAAAUGUAGUGUAAUUUCAUUGAAGUUCAUAUGCUACCACAGUAGUCAUGAAUAGAUUGACAUGUUAAAGUUUAUGAAAUGUCAUAUAAGGAACCAAUGUUGUUAUACUGUAUGCUAUCAAAGUAGUCACAGUAAAAGAGCAUUAUAGUUUUCUGCAAGAAAACAUUAAUCAAGAUAACAUCAUUUGAAUUGUUAUAUGCUUCCAAAGAAGUCAUUUCAAUUAAAUCAGAAUGAUGAUAUGUGUAUAUGUAAGAAAGAACUUUUAGUUGUCUUUUGAGAUUGUAUAUCACAAAUGAUAUCACUCUUAUUUUGACAAAUG